AUGGCUAGAUUCUUCAGUCCAGCUCUCGUUCCACUCAUCUCUCUCGUUCUGCUUCUGCGCUCCGGUGCAUCAUCGGCACAGCACACGCUGAGCGCCGGGUCAUCCCUGUCGGUGGAAGACCACGAGCGGCCCUUCCUGGUGUCACCGGACGGCACCUUCUCCUGCGGCUUCCUCCCAGCCGGGGAGAACGCCUUCUACUUCUCCGUCUGGUUCACCGCGGCCAAGAACAGGACCGCCGUCUGGACGGCAAACCCUGGCGCCCCUGUGAACGGCCGGGCAUCCAGCAUAUCGUUCCGGCACGACGGCGUGCUGGCCCUCGCUGACGCCAACGGGACGACCGUGUGGGACAGCAAGACCGGCGGCAACAAGCGCCUCGCCGUCUCCCUUCUCGACGCCGGCAACCUUCUCAUCACGGACCCGGAAGAUUCCACCGGCGUUGCCGCGUGGCAGAGCUUCGACUGGCCGGCGGACACCUUGCUCCCGUCGCAGACGCUCUCCAAGGACAAGAAGCUCGUCGCCGGCUACUACACCCUCUACUACGACAACGACAACGUGCUGCGCCUCCUCUACGACGGCCCGGAGAUCGCCAGCAUCUACUGGCCGGACCCGGACCUGGGCGUGUUCGGGAGCGGCCGGACCAACUAUAACAGCUCAAGAGUCGGCGUCCUCGACGACGCCGGGGUGUUCCUCUCCAGCGACAACCUGCGAGCCGAGGCCACCGACCUGGGCGUCGCCGGCGCCAAGAGAAGGCUGACCGUCGAGCAGGACGGGAACCUGAGGAUGUACAGCCUGGACGCGGACGGAGGAUGGACGGUCACGUGGGCGGCGCUGAAGCAGCCGUGCUCCGUCCACGGGCUGUGCGGCAAGAACGCCAUCUGCGAGUACCAGCCGUCCCUCCGAUGCUCCUGCACGCCGGGGUACGAGAGGGUGGACCGUCGGGACUGGACAAAGGGCUGCAAGACGACCUUCACCGCCAACUGCAGCGAAGCUGCGACGCCGGAGCGGUUCAAGUUCGUCAAGGUGGCAUACACCGACUUCUACGGCUACGACCUCUGGUUCAACCAGUCCGUCACGUUCCAAUACUGCCGUAGCAUCAGACUACUAUGUUAG